AUGUCUGGAUCAACGCAAAAAGCCACGAACCUUUUCCAAGUCUUUCUUCGAUUGCGUCCGCCGCCAAGUGGAGCCACCGCCGCCCUUGGAGAACGCUUCUUGGCAGUCGAAGAGCCAGACGAUGAUAAUACCACGCCCAAGCACAUCACCCUGAACCCACCCAACGAUCGACGACGUGCUAUCGAGAAGUUCGCGUUCACACAAGUUUUUGAGGAGGAUGCGACCCAGCUAGAUAUUUUCCAUUGCAUCGGCGUGGCCGACCUGGUCAAGGGAGUACUAGCGCCAUGUGGCGGAGAUGGGACUGAUGCCCUGCUGGCUACGUUGGGUGUCACAGGAUCCGGCAAGUCUCACACGAUCCUAGGGUCCCGGUCCCAACGCGGCCUGACCCAGCUUUCACUCGAUGUCAUCUUCCGAUCCAUCGGCCCGAACAUCCUCGAUUGCGAUUCCACACCGAGCCUCGAACAUUCGAUCGCGGCGUCUGACCCUUCCGAGGCCGCCAUAUUUUCUGCCUCGACCUUCCUCGAUGCCGUCUAUGUUGAUUCGUCGGCGCCCCUGCGAGCUAGCGCAAGAGCAGCAACCCCCAUAAGCGUAGGGCUUUUUGCACCUUUUCCCCAAGCCGACCCUACCCAGCAUGGCCAGUACAGCCCUAGUGGGCCAGAGCCUCGAAGACCAAAGAGUGUCCGCAUAGUCAGCCGUGAGGAUUCUAUGGCGCCACCUUCCCCAACCUCGACCCCCGAAAUAGCAAGUAGACUUGCAUGUGAAGCCCGGGCGAGCCAUGCCCGUGGCAUUGCUGUGUCUCGUAUCAAUGGCGCGGCCGGGCCCCUGCUUCGCCCUCCUCAACGCCAGCAAGUGCGGAACGGAAACAGAGCUCACCAAGGGCAGGAGCCCCUGAGGCAUUCCAUGACCCCAACCACAUCACGUCUGAGGAAAGGUACUAAAUCUGCAUUGCAUUCUCAGGGCGAGUCGAUCGGACCGGGACAGACACCAUCGCGCCGUUUACACCGACCAUCGACGUUCCCGCAGCAACCCGAUGUCAGCGCCCUCUCCGUGUCCUGCGACCCGUCGGCCGAGUACGCGAUCCUCAUUUCCAUGUACGAGGUGUAUAACGACCGAAUCUUUGACCUUCUAACCCCACCGAUCAAAUCGACUGCUACCAAGGAAUAUCGGCGGCGCCCAUUGUUGUUCAAGCCGACAGAGGCAUCGCCGGACCGAAAAGCAGUGGCCGGGUUGCGCAAGGUGAUUUGCGGCAACCUGCACCAGGCAUUGAUGGUGCUUGAGGCGGGCUUGCACGAGCGGAGAGUAGCCGGGACCGGCAGCAACAGUGUGAGCUCACGUAGCCAUGGGUUCUUCUGCGUAGAAGUCAAAAAGAGGACUAAGGACAGCUGGAGGAAUAGGGGGGAAGUGCCUUGGAGCGGGAGCGCUCUUACCGUGGUCGAUCUCGCCGGGAGCGAGAGAGCAAGGGAUGCAAAAACUGCCGGGGCGACGCUGGCCGAAGCUGGCAAGAUUAACGAGAGCUUGAUGUACCUGGGUCAGUGCUUGCAAAUGCAGAGCGACGCAGCCAACAAGGAUAAGUGCAAACUGACAGAAUUGCUCUUUUCCAACUCGUACCCCUCUUCCUCGGGGUACUCAACAGGGAGACACCGUAACCCACAAACGGCCGUCAUGAUUGUGACGGCCGACCCCCACGGCGACUUCAACGCGACAUCCCAAAUCCUUCGGUACAGCGCUCUCGCCCGCGAAGUCACCGUCCCCCGCGUCCCGAGCAUCACCCAGACCAUCCUCACCGCCAAUACGCAGGCGCCACACCAACCGUCCACCACCCCGACCGAAUCACCCACCCUCUCCCGGCCUUUUUCACCGCUCGGCGGCCCGAAAGGAUUCGUCAACUACCCCCGCCUCCUCUCCUCCCCUCCCAACAUCGUCCGCAAAGCCUCUCCGACGACGAGCAACCGUAGCAACAGCAGCAGCGAGAUGCACCGCUCCACCAUGGAGGCGGCCGCGCUCGAGAUCUCCCGGCUCGCCGAGGAGGCCGACUACCUGCGGCAGGCCCUCGACACGGAGCGCGCGGCGCGCCACGAGGCCGAGUCGCACCUGCUCUCCAUGGAGGACCGCAUGAUCGAGCUGGAACAGGCCAUCCGCGAGGACUGCACCAACGAGUUUGAGCGUCGGCUAGAGAUUGAGAUGGCGCGCUGGCGGGCUACCAUGCAGGUGGAGAUGGAGCGCGGGGAGGAGCAUUGGGGGCGUAAGAUUGAAGUGUUUGAGCGGAGUAUGGCGGCUGGUGGUGGCGGUGGGGGUGGGAGUGACGGGGAGGGGCUGGAUUCGGACGAGGACAAGGAGAAUGUGCUGGUCGAGGGCGUCCACCAGGAGAAUGAGCGGUUGCGCAAGGAGAACGAGGCGCUCCGGCGCGAAGUUGCUGGUAUGAGCCCUACCCGGCGGAUGCCGCUCCAGGAACGGGGCAGCGAUGCGGGUAUGGCUGGCAGGGGUAAAGCCGCCGCGGGCCCUGAGACGGGGAGUCCACGGCCCGGGAAGGUGACUAGGGGAGGCGGCGAUGACGGGGGCAGCUUGCUGGUGCGGCUGGAGAAGCUGCGUGUUAGUGACGCCCAGCCUUCUUCUUCGGCGCGGAACACGGCGGGCAGUGGGAGCCCUAAGAAGAUACGCCGGUUGCCGGCUAAGCGGUGGAAUGCCGUCCGUGAUGAUGAUGACCUUUUUUAA